AGUUAAUAUGUUGCUUUACGGUCCCCUGUAAAGCGUUACAAUGAAAAGGUGCGUUUUGACGGUAGGCAUGUUUGUCAGAUUGUCGUGGCAACACUUGGCUGUGACGCUACGUUUUACUUAAGGUAUUACCAAGCUCCGUCUUUGAGUGAUAAGCUCACAGAAAGUUGUAAGCACCGCCUAGUGCUCCAACGGCUUGAGGGAAUUUGUGGUAGUUUUAAGUUGCUCCAAGUUCAAAGCCGUCGUCAACGUCAAAGGACCGUUACGAGCUUUUGUCCAACGGGGAGGUUCGGUUGGUCCGAUGUAUACGCGCUCCGACCGUUACAUGUACAGUUACAUGUUCAUAUUUGUGACCUGAGACAUUCAGUUGGAAUAGUUUAUGUGACUCCAUCUUAUGACUUUCAAGGACCGUUGCGAGCUUUUGUUUAACGGAGAGUUAACGGAGGUUUGGUUGGUCCUAUGUUUACGCGCUUCGGCCGUUUAAUACAUGUACAGUUGUUUGUGAUCUGAGACAUUUCCUCAACUGCUGGCAGUUGGAACUGUUUAUGUGACUCCAUCGCGUUACAACUAUGGGUUGCCUUGCUGCCUGUCUAUGGCCGCUGGUAACUGGAGACAGCAGACGUUCCCAGCAGGACGGCCGGGUCUCUACCGUCCUCCUCCUGGUUAACAUCGUGGCGUUUGCGGCGGUGUUGUCGACGUCCAGUGCUCUAGCGCCCGACGGGACGGUGUUCCCGGUGACGACUCAGACCGUGAGGAUCGUGCUGAUUCUGUGUGUGGGGCCGGGACUGAUCGCCAUGAUGUCGUUCUUCUGUUGCUAUAAAAACUACAGGGUGUUCUACGGAAUGACGUCACAUGGAGAAGCAACAUCAUUGGUCGGACCUACGGCAUUGUCCUCCAAACUUACCGUACUGGGCAUCUUUGCCUUCGGUGCUGGCACUAUUCUCAUGGACAUAUUCAGCGUCAACGCCAUCGCACAGUGCUUGGACGCUACACCGACGUUCGACAGUGACGUAGUCAACCUCGUCUUCCACGUCCUGAAGCUGCUCUUCGUCUUAUGUCAGAUGGGAUUCCUCAGGAAAUUCUCUGAUGCGACCUUCCACAGCGCCCCUCUCUUCCGCUACCUGUUCUUCUUCGUCCUAGCAGGCGAUAUUUCCAUCUGGGUACACACUUUAGUAGCUAACACGGUCACCCAGGACGGUGGUAUAACCACCCUUACACACAACAACACCAUGAAUGGCACCAUCCAUGGCAACAGUACAAUCCAUGCCAGGGAGUGCACACAAAGGACUACCUACCAGCACCGACUGUUGACUGACGUUGAGCCCUAUUUGUAUCCAUUCACUCUCGAGUACGCCCUGCUGGCCUCCGGUAUCCUGUACGGCAUGUGGGCCAACAUGCGGGUGUUGGAGGACGUGGGAGGGGGGGAUAGUGUGGAGCUGCGAGAGGUCAGGGACAAGGUGCACCAAGGCUCCAUGGGACGGCCCUCUGGGAAUGAGGUACGAGGAGGGCACAGACAGCGUGAGGAACAGGCUGAGGAGGAGGAGGAGGGGAGGUACCAGGAGCUUCCAUCAGCGAGUGUCGGGCUACCGCAAGCCCACUCUACUCCGUUCACGGAAGGAGAGCACACGAAUGUACGUCCCGGGGCUACCCUGGGUACCUUCCGCCCACAACUCCCACCAGCUACGGUGCGACAUCAGUCACAUGGCCUGCCGCAUCAGUCACAUGGGGUACCACAUCAGUCACAAGGUUUGAGGAUAUCUACCGUCGACGCCGGUCCUUCGUACCUUGCGUACGACAACGUCGCUCUAGACAUCGACGACUUGGUGGAGUCUUCUGUAGACGGUGACAAUGACGUCAUCGUGAUGGAACCCGAAAAGGACGACGGUAGUCACUCCAGGCCGCUGUCACCAACUGUCGUCAUUGUAGAGGAACCCGGCCAGGCGACAUCCAGUAGGAUGGGGAUGGGAGAGCGAACCAUAAGUUUUGCCUCGAAUGUGGCGGAGGCGCCGUCCACUCUGGCUGCACGCAGCCCCCCUCCCUCUUCGUACCCGAGCCGGGCGUCCCUUCUUACCCAGCAGGGUGAGACGGGGAAGGAACCAGGCGGUUGUACGUGCUUCAUGGCAGGGUUUCUCAUCUCGGCUCUCCUGCUCGUACUAGCCAUACUGCUGAAGGAUCAAACCAACUACGACAGCUACAUCAUCGCGUACUUCGUGGUGAAGAUCUUCGUCACCCUGACCAUGAUGGCCGCGUGCUGGCUGGGGUUCCAGACUAUGGAGCGGUACGAGUUCGUCUGGACUGGCUACGCAGAGAACGACGCGCUGCUGGUCAUCGCGGCUAUUGGCUUCUUCGUCUACGACUACUUCGGGUUCGCGUCGGCCUUCGCCGGGUGGUACGAAGGCAACGGCGAUGAUUACCGACGAAUCAUCGCGCCGCUCCUCUUCUUUGAUGUGGCCACCAACAUGAUUCAAGUGUGGUUACAAGCAACUCUGUUGAUCGCAGCUAUUAGGAGGAGGCCUGUGUUUCAGAGUUUGGAGUCAUCCGGCGUUUUUAAGUUCCAAGUCUGGACCUAUCUCAUCAUCACUAACAUAGGACUGUGGGUCCUGAACAGCUUCAUAGACCUGAAAGAUGCAGACACCACCCCGAUACAGUCCGGGUACUACGGAGAAGUCCAGUGGUACCAGGUGACGAGGUUUGUCGCUCCGCUCUGCAUUUUCUUCAGGUUCAUGUCCGCUCUGUCCUCGUGGGAGAUCUACUCAACGUACCGCGGUCAGACGGCGCAGUCUACCCGUUUUUCAGAGGCUUAGCCAAAGUUGCAAGAUUGGGAUUUGUUGUUUGGAAUUUUCAGAUGCAAUUCAAUCUCUACAACUCUAAAAAAAAACGGGGAUUUACUUUCGGACGUUUGGAGUGACAUCCAUCACUCUUCUUCAGCGUCACUAGAAUGAACUGACAGAACAAUUCAAUACAAGUACAGAUAACUAGAAAAAUGUCUGAACCACUGACUCCUAAGAAUCGUAUGCGAAGGUCACUCAAAUGUAAAUCAUAUUUGCAUAGUUUCCUAUGGUGAGACCUUGUGAGGAAUUUUUUGUUGUUGCUCUAAAUGAUGCCGUCAACUAAACUCACAUUUCAUUAGCAAACGCUGUAGGUAAACAUAAUCAUGAAUGGAAAAAAUACACCACAGAAAUGUCAACUUUUUGUCAAACACAAUGAUUCACCAAAAGAACAUUAAUAUAAUGUUGCUGAUGAACGUAAUGUGUACAUUGGCAAUCGGUCAGCACAUGUCUAAGGAGCAGAUACUGGUACAUGGUUCAUUGUGGAUUUGUGAGUGCUACUAAUACGAGAGAGUCGGAGAGACUAUAGAAUUACUGUGGUGUUCUUGCUAUGGUGUGUUUUUUACUGUUAGGCCAUUGUUGAUUUGAUUAUAUGGAUGACGUCCGCGCGCGUAUCAAUUUUCCACCGCUUGCAAAGAAUAAAAAAAAGGCUUGAACCAUACAGCGUAUUGUACAAAGUAGCUUCAGAAUGAGCAAAUACAUGCCGUAGAUUGCACAAAAAUAUCGGAAAAAGUAUACUAAUAUCAUAAAAUGCCAAUCUCCAUUCCAACAUCAAGGAAUAAAAUGUGAAAGCACUAAAAUGAAGAUCUAUUGUUUGGUGUACCAUAUUCCGUGAAUUCAGUCAUUUGUUCAACUUUCCUGACAACUUAGAUUUCAUAAAGACGGCAACUUUUCUUUUUGACCAAACUUCUUUUUUUAUUAGCACACUCGCAUCAUUUUUGGACUUCCAAGAGCAUGUCAUCCAUAUAAUCAAAGAACAUGGCCUUAUUGAGAAGGCUUCAGUUGGAAAUGAUGUGCUCUGAGCAACAGUAAUCUAUUUUAACUUCUAGCUGGUAGAUUUCAAUUUGUGAAACGUUCAGUCUGUUCAGUUAUUAAUGUCAUAUCAGAUGCGUCGCCAUAAUACUGACUGAGACAUUUUACACCCGAAUUUGACAUGUUAAACAAAUGCUAUGAGUGUUUGGUUCGUUCGGUCUGUUGCCACUGUAUACAUUUUAAAAGCCGUAGCGCUGAAUCAAUGUGUUUCAUAUGAUACCAGUUGCAAAUGGUCCUUUAAGCUUUAUCAAGCUGUUUAACGUGAAAUUAAGAUAAGACAAUGUUGACAUUGUGCUAAAUUGAGCUAAAUUCUUAGGAAUGUGCCAUAAGCCAGCUGCAUUCGGCAUGGCGACACUACAUUUCUAAAUAAGGCCAUGGUGAUUUGAUUAUAUGAAUGACAUCCGAUCCUCUGGGAACCAAAAAACUGAUGCGAGCGUGCGAAUAAAAA